AUGAAGGUUUCCGGCAGCAUGGAACCUGCACUCCGGACACGCCCUGGAAGGGACAACGUCCGGGUAUUCAAGCCCCUCCUUCGCGCCUAUGCGCUCGGGUACCUAUCUUCCGUCACCCCGAAAUUGGUGUCUUAUAUACGCCGACUGCGCAAUAAGGACUGGACUGCGCAACAGAAACUUCAAGAGCUAGCUAAAGUCUUGACGGGUCCUUUGCGUCUGAACAGUUUCCCAACAGCUUGUGCUUCCCUGGUCGGUGGCUCAGCCCUACUACCAAUAGGAUUGUAUCGUCUGUGUGCAUUGAUCACAGCAGGUCUCUCCAAAGGUGACGUUCAGAUCUCACAAAGGCUCGACCGCUUAAUUAGAUUCGUCAUCACUUUUCUAUCUGGAUGGUUCAGUUUUCAACUGCUCAACAAAAACCGCAUCUCUCUGCCAAUAGAAGAUGUCAGACCUAUCCGGAAUUCAACAGAUCAGGGGAACGACCCUGGUCCGGUUAUGGCCAAUCCGCUGGAACAUCACCGCCCAGAGUUAGCAGGGAGGACAAUGGACCUCACCAUCUACAUGGCCACAAGAGCCGUAGAUGCGGUCGCGUGUGUUGCAUGGGGUCGCUGGUCCCAUCGCCGCCGGGCCCAGCAUCGCUGGACGACUGUCGAAUCUCUCGCCCCUGGCUUUGCCGACGCAACUGUCUUUUCUAUGAGUGCCGCUGUAGUCAUGUGGGCAUGGUUUUAUCUCCCUGAGAGACUUCCCAGAUCCUACGGGAAGUGGAUCGGGGAAGCUGCUCAGGUUGAUUCCCGUUUAAUUGAAGCUCUGCGUCGUGUUCGACGAGGAGUCUUCGUUUACGGAAAGGAUACAGGCCAGGCGCCUCUCCUCCAGUCGAUGUGCAAAGACUACAACUGGCCAGAGGUGUGGGGAGACCCAGCAAAAGUUGCCCCGAUCCCUUGCGAAAUGGUUCACAUGGGCUGUGGCCCCAGUUGUGAAAAACACGCAUUGUAUCGAUUUGCCAAAACCUUCAAAUUUGCCUGUGCAACCUAUAUACCCCUACAGAUUGUUUUCCGUCUGCGCACGAUGAAAUCUGCAACUGCCCUCCGCCGGGCCCUUUCUGAUGCAGCACAAUCAUCUGCCUUCCUCGCAACUUUUGUAAGCUUAUUUUACUACAGUGUCUGUCUCGCUCGGACACGACUUGGCCCCAAGAUCUUUGACGCGAAGACGGUCACUCCGAUGAUGUGGGACUCUGGGUUAUGUGUCGGUGCGGGAUGUCUCAUGUGUGGCUGGAGUAUAUUGGUUGAAAAGACGCGGAAGAGGCAGGAGUUGGCGCUAUUUGUGGCACCCCGGGCUGCCGCCACGAUUUUGCCACGGUUGUAUGAUAAAAAGUAUCAAUACCGAGAGCGCAUCGCAUUUGCUGUUAGCGCUGCUAUUCUUAUCACUUGCCUCCGCGAGCGACCUAGCGUGGUACGAGGAGUUUUUGGUCGCAUCACAUCGGGUGUAUUGAAUUAG